GAUCCUUCCGGCCGCGGCCGUCUGUGUUUUUCAGAUUGCCUGCGCGCGAUCAGGCGCCCGGUGUGCGCUGGCCCACGCAUUGGCUGGGUGCUGAAGGCGCCGGGGAACGGGGCCGCAGCCCCUGCACAAGGAGGGGGCGCCAGCACGCGCGCGGACCCACAUCCCGCGGCGGCCUCUCGUCUCUUACUUCGCUUCGGCGUUUUUGUGGCCAGACCCAGAGUGGCUAGCGCCGUCCGGUACCGGUGCUAUCAAUGCGUGGGUCUCUCGAUUGAUUAUAGUGACGAC